AUGCCUCCAGCACUGAGGCUAUCUGCUGAUCCAGACAGAGGUUUGGGCUUUGGGUUUCUUCUGGGCUAUGACUAUGAGAGGAAGAAGAAGAAACUCCAGCAGGAGCUUCAGCUGGACUACAAACAGUACGCUGCCAAGAAAAAGGAUCUGAAAACUGAACCUCGUGCACAGCCUCAGGGUCUCUCUCUGCCAAUCCAUGAGAAGAUAUCAGUCCAGGAAAAACUAAGGGAGGAGAGAAAGAGAGAAUACAACCUCUUCCUCCAGGAAAAAGCUCAAACUGGGAGAUUGAGGAGGGGAACACCUCCUGCCAAGCCUGAACAGGUUCCAGCUUCAGAUGCUGUUUACAACAUCAUCAACACCCUCAAAAACACACACUCUCCUCCUACCGUCAACACAUGUACAAACACACACACACACUCUCCUCCUACUACUAUCAACACCCGUACAAACACACGCCCUCGUACACACACACACCCUCACUCUCCUCCCACCAUCAACACACUCACAAACACACACCCUCCGUCCAGGAGAGACGCCGCCACCCUGACGGAGGACGGGGAAAAAGAUGGAGAAAGUGCCACGAGUCGAGGAAGGAGACGUUGGAGAGUCCAGAGACCGAAGAAGCCUCUCUACCUGUACAGCUCUGAGGAGGAAGAAGCCAUCACUGAGCUGGAGGUGGAGCUGGAGGAGAGAAGGAGGAAACACAGAGCCAACAGAGCUCCUCUGGAGAUAAAGGAGGUGAAGGACCCUGAUGUUAAAGACCACAACAACAAUGACUGGCGCUGGAUGUCAGAUCUGCAGAAGUCAGACAUCAUGAGGACGGCUGCAGCAGAUUCUCCUUCCUCCAUCAGCGACAAAGCUCAGGUCGUUACUGGACUCCUGAUUGGAGCAGCAGACGAACAGACGACCUCUCAGGCGAAGAAAGAAAAGUACAAACAGGAGCUUCUGGAGCAGAUGGCUGAACAGAAGAGGAACAAGAACCUGGAGAAGAAACUCAGAGGUGCUGCCACAGACCCUGGGAAACAGCCUGACCACGUUCAGCGGGAACAUGUCAGCCGCAGACGGGAUGUCCGAUACAAGCCAAGAGAGGAAGAGUCAGAGUACAGAGGAAGGUCUCAUCAUGACCCCAGUGCUCAGGUUUUUAAUCACCACCUCGGAGACGUGUCCAACCCGAGGGUUCCUCGUGUUCCUCGUGUUCCUCCUCCUCUUCCUCCCUCCUUUACGGAUCAUCACAGGACUCCACAUGAUGCAGAGUAUCACUGCUAUGGAGCCAACGAUCCACUACAUCCUCCUCACAAUUACAGAACAGAGACUGAACAUUUCCACAGUCCUCCUCCUGAGAGACAUCCUCCUCUCAGACCCAGCCGACACACACAAGUGACGGAUCAGCAUCAUGUGUCCCUCCUGGAAGUUGGAGAGCCUCCUGCAGAGAAGUCAAAACUGAUGAGAGAACGAGCUCAAAGCUACCAGGAGGCGCUCAGACUGCAGAUCAGAGAAAGAGAGGAUCAGAAAAGGAAAGAGAAAGAGGAGAAGGAGCGAUACGAAGCCAAGAUCGAGGCGGAGAGGAUGGCCUUUAACCCCUGGGGGAGGAGUGGAGCAGGAGCACCAAUCAAAGACCAGAAAGGAAACGUCGUCAGUGACCUGAAGCACAUGCACAGAGCCCAGGAGGACUGCAGGAGUCCAGUCUCCAGGGACAGUGGACACACACAGAGUUUCCUGAUGGAGAAAGGAGACGCUUCUCCUCCAGCUGAACCCCGAUCUCCAGCCAAACAUCGACUCUCAGGUCUGAGGUCUGAGGACCCGACUCCAGAGAAGCUCCACAUUCAGGACAGAUACAAAGAGGAGCUGAUUCAGCAGAUACAGGAGGAGGAGCAGAGGCUGGAGGAAAUAGCGAUCAAUCAGAGAAAAUAUAAGGAGGAAGAGGAGAGGAGGCUGGAGGAAGAGAGACCUGGACUAAAGAGGGGAUGUGAGGAAGAGGAGAAGAGCCAACAGAAGCAAAGAGAAACAAAAACCAGGGUCCAUGAAGUUCAGACCCCCCAGGAGGAGGCGCAGAAAGAGGCUCCGAGGACCUACGAGGUAAAGCCCAGAGGAGCGUCUCCUCCAAUCCCAGCCGUCCAGAGGAGGCUGGAGGAAAUAGCGAUCAAUCAGAGAAAAUAUAAGGAGGAAGAGGAGAGGAGGCUGGAGGAAGAGAGACCUGGACUAAAGAGGGGAUGUGAGGAAGAGGAGAAGAGCCAACAGAAGCAAAGAGAAACAAAAACCAGGGUCCAUGAAGUUCAGACCCCCCAGGAGGAGGCGCAGAAAAGAGGCCUCCGAGGACCUACGAGAGGAGCGUCUCCUCCAAUCCCAGCCGUCCAGAGGAGGAUGGAGAACAUGGAGGAGAGCCCCGUCACAUCUGACCGCUCGGUGUCUGCACCUCACUUCCAGCCGACUGCAGAAACACCUCCGCUAGAAGAGGGUCAGCAGGAGGUGAUGAGGGGGCUUUCUGCUCUAAAGAGCAUGCUGAGGGACCGGCAGAGACACCUGGAGCUUCAGCUGGAGCAGAUCGAGCGCCAGGAGCCUCUCUACGUGCCCUCCAGAGGACCCAGAAGAAGACCCAGAGUCCAGGCUUUUGAAUCGGCUCGAGACAACAUGCAGACCAUCAGGGGGACAGACCAGUGGCAGCACAGAGGCGGAGGAUCAGAGAGAAACCAGUUUGAACCUCCAAUCAAAUGGCAGGAGGAAAAACCAGCAGAGACACGACGUCGGGGACCAAUCAGGACGGGCUUUCAGUAA